AUGCUGUAUUUCAUCGGUCUUGGAUUAGGAAACGAGAAGGAUAUCACUCUUCGAGGACUGGAGGCAGUGAAGUCCUGCGAUAAGAUUUUUCUAGAGAAUUACACUUCUGUGCUGUGUGUGGGCAAAGAAAAAUUGGAAGAGCUGUUUGGACAUGAAAUAAUCGUUGCUGAUCGUGAUCUCGUUGAGUCGAAUGAUGAAAUGAUUUUGAAAGACGCCAGUACAUCGAACGUGGCGUUCCUCGUCGUCGGCGAUGUAUUUGGUGCCACCACGCACACGGACCUCUGGAUUCGUGCGAAGCAGCAAAACAUUCCAGUUCAGGUGAUUCACAAUGCUUCCAUUAUGAAUGCUUGUGCUUGCUGUGGUUUGCAGCUCUACCGAUUCGGCCAGACGAUUUCGAUCUGCUUCUUCACCGAAACCUGGAGACCGGACAGCUUCUACGAACGCAUCGUCCAGAACCACUCCAUCGGCCUCCACACUCUGUGCUUGCUCGACAUCAAGGUGAAGGAGCCGGACUUCAAAGAGCUGAUGAAGGGUCGCACCGUCUAUCUUCCUCCCCGCUUCAUGACCUGCAACCAAGCGAUCGACGAGCUUUUAGAGGUGGAGGAGAAGCACGGCAAGGGAGUGUGUGGUCCGGACGCGUUGGCGGUGGGCUUGGCUCGCGUGGGGCAGGAAGACCAGUUCAUCUGUUUCGGCACGCUCAAAGACCUCCGCGAAGUCGACUUCGGCGCCCCGUUGCACAGCCUGAUUCUCUGCAGUCCGGAGCUACACGAGAUGGAGCGGGAGAUGCUGGAGUACUUCAGUGUGAAGAAGCUCUCUGCGUGA